AUGGCGUUUAUAUCCCCAAAUAAUAGUCGAGGAGUAGAAAUUUCAUCUUCGAUAAUGGAGGAAAACAAUAAUGCUACUAAUGAUGAACAAAAGCCAGUUGAUGAUGUCUUUACUGUCCACCUAUCGUACUACGAAGACGGCCUUAACGACGUACCAACAAAGAAUGUAAGUUUUGAGUUUGCGAGAGAGUCGCCUUGUUUAAAUUGGGAACGGAAAGAUGCCGUCAUGAAUUGUCUCAAGGAUAAUGAUAUUAAUGUUGAUGAUUCGGAUUCUAUUCUUAAUGUUGUGGUACAAAGUUGUGACCUGCUGCUUGAUUAUGUUCGUAACUUUGGUCGUAAGUCACUUGUUAUGUACGUCAAGGUCAUAGUGUACCAUGUAAAUGACGAGCAGGAGGAUGGUGACGAUCACGAGUACGACUAUGAUGAUGAGCUGAUGGAGGAGGAAGAGGAGCCUAUGUUCUUGGAUGAUGAUAUCGUCGACAAUGAGGAGAUUAUCGAGUUUCGUCUAGAAGCAAGUGGAGUAAGGUUUUCUAAUGGUUAUUCAGGGGCUAAGGAGAAUUGCACGAUUUGUUUAGAGGAGUUUGGGAAGUCGGACAAUGUGGCGAUGCUUCCUUGCUCUCAUGUAUAUCACAAGAAUUGCUUUUUUGGUUGGAUAUACGAGAGAAAAAGAACAUGUCCGUUAUGUCGAUCAAAAUUAUUACUGUUGCAUUAA